AUGCAGGCUGUUAAGGACAAGCUUAGUGAAAUGAGCGCCAUGAAGCAGGUCAAGGAAGAGGCUAGGGCCGAAGAGAAGGCCGAGAAAGAAAUAGCGAAAGCCCGAGCAGACAUUGCUCAUGAGGUAAGAUUGGCCAAGGAGGCAGAAGCAACAAUGGUGCAUCAUGUCGCCAAGGCCGGAGAAAUUGCUCGAGCCGGAGAACAAAUGGCAAAUGAGCAGUUGGCAAAGCACGGCGGAUCUAAUGCCACGACAGGUGGACGAGGAGGGGAUGUUCCUAAUACCGCAGCAUCUAACCCUCUUCCUACUACUAACAUGUCACCCCCAACUUACAACAAAAUGUCUUAA